AUGUCUACAGCACAUAGUAAUAGUUCGGUGCCUCGCAUCGAUGAUAAAGAUGGAACAUAUUCAUCUGGAUGUACACUUUCCUAUUGGCUUGAUUCACUUGAACGACCUAAAUUUCCUAAAUUAAUGGAAAAUAAAACAUGCGAUUUUCUUGUUGUUGGUGCUGGAAUUUCUGGUAUUACAACAGCAUAUUGUCUUGCUGAACAUGAUCCAUCUAAACAAAUAAUUUUAAUUGAUGAUGGUGAAAUAUGUUCAGGUGAAACAGGUCGAACAACAGCUCAUUUACAAAUUGAAUAUGAUGAUCAUUAUUAUGUUAUUGAACAUAUGUUUGGUGAAGAAGUUGCACGACUUGUUUGUCGAUCAAAUCAUGAAGCUGUUAAUUUUAUUGAACAGGUUGUUAAAAAAGAAAAUAUUGAUUGUGAAUUUGAACGAUUACCUGGUUAUUUAAUACCAGCAAAAGAAAGCCAUGUAAAAGAUAUUAUUGAUAAAGAAUUUAAAGCAUCAUCAAAAGCUGGUAUGACUGUUGAAUUACUUGAUGCUGAAUCAAAAAAACCAAUAUAUCCAACUAAUUAUCCACAAUCACAUUGGCUUCGUUUUCCAAAUCAAGGUCAAUUUCAUCCUUUAAAAUAUUUAUGUACACUAUGUCAAAUAUUAACAAAAAAAUUUCAAAAUGUACAAAUUUUUACAAAUAGUCAUGUUUUAGAAAUUAAUGAUGAUAAUAAAGAUGAUGGUACAGGAGAAGUUUAUGUUGUUACAUCAGAUGGUAAACGAGUAGAUUGUAAAAAAAUGGUUUUAGCUACAUAUGUACCAGUUAAUGAUCGAGUAACAAUGUAUACAAAAAUGGCAGAAUGUCGAACAUAUGCUAUGGCGUUUGAAGUAGAUAAAGGUGUUAUUGAACGAGCUCUUUAUUGGGAUACUGAUGAACCAUAUAAUUAUCAUCGUUUAACAUCUGAUGAUAAAUCAAAUUCAUCAAAGGAAUUAUUGAUUGUUGGUGGCAAAGAUAAUUUGGUUGGUCAUAAUCUAUCUUCAUAUGAAGAGACAUAUAAUGCAUUAGAAGCUAUAGCUCGUGAUAAAUUUCCUAUUGCAGGAAAAUUACGUUAUCGUUGGUCAGGUCAAGUUGCUGAACCUAUUGAUACAUUACCAUUUCAUGGUCUUAAUCCAGGAAAUAAAAAUAUUUAUAUAAUAACAGGUGAUUCAGGAACUGGUAUUACAAAUGGAACAAUUGGAGCAUUAGUUUGUCGUGAUCUUUUAUUUGGAUGUGAUAAUCCAUAUGCUAAAAUAUAUGAUCCUAGUCGUCUAAUGAUUAAAAAUCCAUUUGGAUAUAUUAAACAUAAUCUUGAAGCAAGUGCAGCUCUCUUUGAUUAUGUUACUCCUGGUACUGGUCCAUCAGAUAUUGAAGAUUUAAAACUUGGAGAAGGUUGUAUUUUUCGUGAAGGUUUACAAAAAUUAGCUGUAUAUAAAGAUACCGAUGGAACUAUUUAUAAAUUUUCAGCAGUAUGUCCACAUAUGAAAGCUCUUGUUCGUUAUAAUCCAUUAGAAAAAACAUUUGAUUGUCCAUUUCAUGGAUCACGUUUUGAUAGAUAUGGCAAACCUAUUAAUGGACCUACAAAACAUGGUUUAACUGAUGGUUAUUGUGAAAUUAUUCGACCAAAAUCGUCGGCAUCAUUAAAAUAA